AUGAGCUCCAGCCAGCCAGGGGCCUGCCCAUGCCAGGGCACUGCAGGUCGCCCAACCAUCCUGUACGCACUCCUGAGCCCCAGCCUCAGGUCCAGGCCCUAUGUCCCCCCACCUCGUGGCCGCUGCCUAUGCAGGCAACACAGACCUGUCCGCCUGAGUACUCCUCAUCGUACCUGCCAGAAAGCCUUGGAUGUUUUGGCCAAGAUGGUGACCUUCCUAAGGAACCUGCCAUCCUUCUGCCAGCUGCCCCCCCAAGAUCAGCGGUGGCUGCUGCGGGACUGCUGGGGCUCCCUCUUCCUACUUGGGUUGGCCCAAGACACUGUGACCUUCCAGGUGACCGAGGUCCCAGUGCCCAGCAUACUCAAGAAAAUCCUGCUAGAGGAGCCUGGCAGCAAUGGUGGCAGCGGUCAGCUGCCUGACAGGCCCCAGCCCUCGCUGGUUGCAGUGCAGUGGCUUCAAUGCUGCCUGGAGUCCUUCUGGAGCCUGGAGCUGGGCCCCAAAGAGUACGCUUACCUGAAAGGGACCAUCCUCUUCAAUCCUGAUGUGCCAGGCCUUCAUGCCUCCUUCCACAUUGCAUACCUACAGCAGGAGGCUCACCAGGCACUGUGUGAGGUCCUGGAGCCCUGGUGGCCAACAGGCCAAGGCCGAUUGGCCCACAUACUCCUCAUGGCCUCUACCCUCAAGUCAAUUCCACGCAGCCUGCUUGGGGACCUCUUCUUUCGCCCUAUCAUUGGAGAUGUUGACAUUACCAGCCUCCUCGAGGACAUGCUUUUGCUGAGGUGA